AUGAAUCCCUUCAGUGGCCGGAGACAGGAUGCAAUUCCCGAAGAGCGCGAGACUUGCCCCGAGUACAAGGCUGGCUUCUUCAGUCUACUUACAUUCUCCUGGAUGUCUCCUCUGAUGGCAACUGGAUACCGAAGACCGCUUGAAAUGAAUGACAUCUGGUUGAUCAACCCCAAUCGAAGCACCCACAAGCUUGCAGCACAACUCAAGACCUCAAUCAGAGAGAACCAAGCAAAGAACGCCAAUCGCCCGCUACUAUUCUCCAUAUGGCAGAACUUCAAGAGAGACAUCAUCAUUGGCGGUGCUGGAGCUUUUGUUCUAAGCUGUGCCCAGGUGGUGAUGCCUCUGGUGAUCAAAUAUAUCAUCUCCUUUGCCGUCAAGUCUUACUAUGCAUCUUCACUUGGGGUCGUCGCUCCACCAAUUGGUGAAGGAAUUGGUCUUGUCUUUUGUUUAACAGUACUUCAAAUUCUGGCGAGUAUUGGGUCGAAUCAUUUCUUCUAUCGUGGUAUGAUCGUAGGUGGACAGGUCCGAUCGGCUCUCAUUUCAAUUAUCUUCGACAAGUCAAUGACCAUUUCGGGACGUGCCAAAGCUGGAGGCAGACAAAUCCAAGAAACACCUGUUGUCGUAGAGCCUGGAAGCCAGGAAGAGAAAGACCAUUUCCAGAGCGAACUGGCCAAAGUAGGAAGAAAGUCAAAGCAAGGUGAAAAGAGAGGUAAAAAGGGUGAGCAGAAGGAAGACACUUCAGGUUGGGCGAAUGGACGAAUCGUCAAUUUGAUGUCAGUCGACACCUAUCGCAUCGAUCAGGCUUGUGGAUUCGCGCACCUUGUAUGGACCUCUCCACUUUCUCUGAUCGUCACGAUCAUCCUUCUGCUCUUGAACUUGACAUACAGUGCCCUGGUUGGUAUUGGUCUGUUUCUACUCUCCUUCCCGGUCAUUAUCAUGGGGAUGAUCAUCAUGUUCAAGCGACGGAAAGUUAUAAAUAAGAUCACGGACGAACGGGUCACCCUCACCCAAGAGGUGCUGUCCGCGAUUCGCUUCAUCAAGUAUUUCGCUUGGGAGGCAGACUUCUUGAAGCAGUUGCAGCACGUGAGACAAAGAGAGAUCAGCACCAUACGCUGGCUGUUCGGAACUCGGAGUGUGAUCAACACAUUCGGAAACACAACGCCAAUCUUUGCAUCGAUGUUAUCGUUCAUUACCUAUUCGGUCACAAGUCACUCCUUAGACCCGGCUCCUGUGUUCGCGUCACUCGCGUUGUUCAACCAGCUUAGAAGUCCUCUCAUCAUUCUACCUAUGAUUCUCGGCAUGGUCACUGAUGGUCUGCAAUCUAUUGCCCGGAUCGAACAGUUUCUGCUAUCUGAGGAUGACGAAGAUGAGGUGGUUGCCAACAUAGAGGCGAAUGAGGAGCCGAAAGGAACAACAGACUACUCCAUUGAGAUACGCCAGGCAUCUUUCACAUGGGAGCAAAGUUCUCCUCCAGACCCCGACGAACGUCUUCGUCUGACGGAUGUAUCCAAUGAGGAGAUGAUGAAAGCAAAAUUCGGUGCAAGAGGCAAGGAAAAAGAGUUAAAGAAGAAGCAGAAAGAAGCUGAGAAGGAGAGAAAGAUGGCUCUCAAGGAAGGCAGAGAUCCUCCUGAGACAGAAGUGAAGUCUACACCGCUGGAAGAGCACCGAACCCCUUUCGCACUCCACGACAUCAACAUUGACAUUGGUGCAAAGGAAUUCAUCGGCGUAAUCGGAGGGGUUGGAUCGGGCAAAUCGUCAUUGCUGUCCGCAAUCUCUGGACAAAUGCGCCAUACUGCUGGCAUGUCUACUGUGAACAGCAAACGAGCGUUUUGCUCCCAGGUUCCCUGGAUCCGAAAUGCGACAAUCCGAGAAAACAUUACCUUUGGGCAGAAGUUCGAGCAAGUCAAGUACGAUCGAAUAAUACAAGCAUGUUCGCUUACCCACGAUUUGGAGGUGUUACCCCAUGGCGACAUGACUGAGAUCGGCGAGCGCGGCAUCAACCUGUCCGGGGGACAAAAGCAUAGAGUCAGCCUUGCAAGAGCUAUUUACUUUGACGCGAAUAUCGUAUUACUCGAUGAUCCGUUGUCAGCUGUGGAUUCAUAUGUUGGAAAGCACAUUAUGGAGCAUGCUAUUUGUGGACUAUUGAGUGACAAAUGCCGAGUCCUAGCCACUCAUCAACUUCAUGUCCUUCGCCGAUGUGAUCGUAUAAUUAUGAUGGAGAAUGGCAGAAUCGUGGCCUUCGACACUUUCGAUAAAUUAAUGGGUCAAGAAGAGGCCUUCAAACGCAUGCUUGCAACGGUCAACACCAAUGAAUCCGAUAUUAGCGACCGGUCCGAGGAGUACUCUUCGUUGGUCAAAGCCGAGACACAUAAGAUCGCUGAGCUACCCCAAGAUGUCCUCAUGCAAGAAGAAGAACGUCAGGUCAGGAGUAUCUCAUGGCCAGUUUACCGUGAAUACGGAAGAGCAACCGGAUCGCUGCUUAUUCCGCCUUUCAUUCUUAUGACACUGGUUCUUGCCCAGGGCACGAACGUAAUCACGAAUUUGUGGUUGGCUUGGUGGUCUGAGAAUCGGUUUGGUCUCAGCUCAGGAGAAUAUCUCAGAGAUGCUAUCGAUAACAUGGACUCAGCCUACUACCUGACCUUCGCUAACCAGCGAUGGCUCGGUGUACGCCUCGACGUCAUUGGAGUUAUUUUCAUCUUUAUAAGCGGCAUGCUUGUCGUGACCAACAAAUUUUCAGUCUCCCCUAGCAUCAGUGGCCUCAUACUUUCGUAUUUGGUCUCUAUUACCCAACUACUACAGUUCUCGGUCCGUCAAACAGCUGAUGUCGAGAACAACAUGAACGCCACGGAGCGAGUCUACUACUAUGCUCAUGAAAUACCUCAGGAGGCCGACGCCGAGACUCAAGCCCAUAUUUUGCCAGAGGACUGGCCUACGAAAGGCGAGAUCGUCUUCCAAGGCUUGCAACUACGCUAUCGUCCAGGUCUACCAUUGGUUCUUCAUGACCUGACGCUACACGUUCAACCUGGAGAGAAGCUCGGCAUUGUCGGUCGCACAGGAGCAGGCAAAUCUAGUAUCAUGGCAGCUCUCUUUAGAAUCGUUGAGCCAGCCGGUGGGUCUAUCAUCAUUGACGGCGUUGAUAUAUCCACAAUCGGGUUACGUGACUUGCGGUCUUGCAUGUCGUUCAUCCCACAAGACGCAACAUUGAUCAGAGGUACAGUGCGCUCAAACCUAGACCCCUUCAAUCGCUAUUCAGAUGCCGAGCUUUGGGAGGCUCUGCUCAAGACCGGAGUGGUGCAACAUGAACAAGAAGUGUCAGAGAAACGGAUCACGCUAGAGACGCAUGUCGAAUCCGAAGGUGCCAACUUUUCACUCGGUCAACGCCAACUCAUAGCUCUUGCCAGAGCACUAGUGCGAAACGCGCAGAUCGUUGUGGCUGACGAGGCUACAAGCUCCAUCGACUUCGAAAGCGAUGCUCAGAUCCAGCGAACUAUUCUGCAAGGAUUCAGGGGUAAAACGCUUUUGUGCAUUGCUCACCGAUUGAAGACCAUCAUCGCCUACGAUCGUAUUUGUGUCGUGAAUGAUGGUCGAGUCGCGGAGCUUGACACGCCCCUAGCGUUGUAUGAUACUGGAGGUCGAUUCAAACAGAUGUGCGAUCAAAGUCACAUCAGCAGAGCGGAUAUUGUCAGUGCACCAAGUCUGGCAUAUGGUGAGUAA